CAAACAGAUAAAAAGUUGCGACACUGUUCUUUCCCUAGUCCCAAGACUGAUCAGAGCAGAGAGAGGGAAAAACACAACAACUGAGAAGUUAGACAGAGAACAAGAAACUGAGAGGUACAGAGCUAAAAUGAACCUUCUCCCUAGCUUUUCCAUUGAGACCUGGGCUCUCCUGAUUGCACUGCUAUUUCUCCUGAUACUAUAUGGGAUCUGGCCAUUUGGUUUUUUCAAGAAAUUGGGUAUCCCUGGGCCAAAGCCAUUGCCUUUCUUUGGAACUGUCUUGGAGUAUCGUAAAGGUUUCUUGGAGUUUGACAGUACAUGCUAUGAGAAAUACGGGAAAAUCUGGGGGUUUUAUGAUGGCAGGCAACCUGUGCUGGCUGUCACAGAUCCUACAAUAAUUAAAACUGUGCUGGUGAAAGAGUGCUUCACCACCUUUACCAACCGGCGGAAUUUAGGUCUAGCGGGAGUGCUAGAGUCGGCUGUCUCUCUGGCUGAGGAUGAGAAGUGGAAGAGAAUUCGUACAGUGCUCUCUCCAACCUUCACCAGCGGGAAGCUAAAGGAGAUGUUUCCCAUUAUCAAGCAAUACGGGGAGGUUUUGGUGAGAAAUGUUCAGAAGAAAGCAGAAAAGGAUGAACCUGUGGACGUUAAGGACAUCUUUGGAGCCUAUAGCAUGGAUGUUGUUACUAGCACUUCCUUCGGUGUGAACAUUGACUCCAUGAACAACCCCAAAGAUCCUUUUGUCAAGGAAAUCAAGAAGCUAGUGAAGUUUAACUUUUUUGACCCACUCUUCAUUUUGAUAUUUGUAUGCCCGUUCCUCAUUCCCCUUCUUAAGAAGAUGGAUGUAAAUGUUUUCCCCAAAGAUGCCAUAGAAUUCUUCACAAAGUCGAUCGCCAGAAUGAAGGAGGACCGUGAAAAAGAGGCCAAAGGGGGCCGAGUGGAUUUCCUGCAGCUGAUGAUCGAAUCCCAGAACUCUAACACUAGCUAUGAAAGCAAUGGAGUGACUCACACAUAUAAAGGCCUGACUGAUACUGAGAUUUUGGCACAAGCGUUUAUUUUCAUUUUUGCUGGAUAUGAGCCCACCAGCAACUCCCUUUGCUACCUGGCUUACAAGCUGGCCACCCACCCUGAUGUGCAGCAGAAGCUGCAGGACGAGCUAGACUCAGUUUUACCAAACAAGGCUCCACUUACCUACAAUGCCCUGAUGCAGAUGGAGUAUCUCGACAUGGCAGUGAAUGAAAUCCUUAGGCUGUUUCCUCUUGGAGGACGACUUGAAAGGGUCUGCAAGAAAGACGUAGAGAUAAAUGGACUGACCAUUCCAAAAGACACUGUGGUUAUGAUCCCACCCUUGGUUCUGCAUCGUAUCCCAGAAUACUGGCCAGAACCAGAGGAGUUCAGACCGGAAAGGUUCAGUAAAGAGAACAAAGAGGUCCUGGAUCCAUACACAUACCUGCCCUUUGGAGCUGGUCCCAGGAACUGCAUUGGAAUGAGGUUUGCUCUCCUCUCCAUGAAAGUUGCUAUCGCCAGUCUGCUGCAGAAUUUCACCUUCAGACCCUGCAAAGAAACCCAGAUCCCGCUCAAGCUGAAUUCCCAGGGAUUCCUGAUACCAGAGAAACCUAUUGUUCUGAAGUUAGUCCCCAGAGCUUACACCUCACACCCAGAGGAAUAAGACCCAACAGAGUUCACAGCAGCUCUCCAGAGUACCAGCAGAGGCUUUACGUCAUUGGGUCUCUGCCACAAAUGCAGAAGAAGAGCUUCCGUUCAUUCCGAAGGCAUUUACUAAAUAUCUAUAGAAAAAUGUUGACUGUCAGAAAUGUAAACCUGGACAGUGACUGUAAAUAGCUUUUAUACCAUCAGAUUUAGAGAAUGUAUAUAAAGGAAAAAUUCUACUGAGACACAGCUCUGCUUCUCUGACUCCUUUCUAGUGAGAUUCCUCCAUCUGGAGAGGGAAUUACUGUCUCAUCCAAGAGGCAGUGGGAACUUUUUUGCUGGAAAUAGAAAUCACUAGAGCUACUGGGGGCAGGGGCGGGUGAAUGCCAAGAGUUUUGUGAGUUGUACUGAUAUUUGAAGAAGUGUGUAUAAACUGUUGGGCUGUUGAAUUUACUGGGAUGUGGUGAGAUUAUCCUAGAAACCAAAUCUCUCUUGGGUCAUAUGUUAAUGGAACAAAAGCAUGUAACAUGUACAGAGAACAGAAUUCAUCAAAUGUUUGUGAAAGGGCUCUCUGUUGUGUAUUCUGAAUAAUUUGUUCACUUCUGCCUUGAAAAAAUAUUCAGUCUGGACCCUUGAAAUUACCCACAUACAGCAUCUUCCAUUUAAUUUACUGAAUUUGGUCCUUCAUUUAACUUGAUCAAAGCUUCCGUUCUUACUGUAAAAUGUAUUACAAAUGAUACGACUCCUACCUAGUAUUUUGGUUAAGUGGAUCACUUUAGGGCAGGGUUAUUAAUCUGAUCACUAACCACACAAUGUUGCCAUUUAAUCAAUAAAGCAGGGCAAAAUUCUGAAUGUGGGAGAGACCAAGGAAGAGCCAUACGACAAUGAACAAGAUGACUGCAAUGAAAGUUGCACUAUUUAGGCAUUGUUAUUGACACUGUAGGCACUGCUAUGUGCUAGGCACUCUGUGAUAUGAGCCCUACUUAUUGUAUGGGUUGCAAGAUCAACCACUUAGUAAGGUCAAACUGAUAGGAAGAGAUCCUCAAGAUAAGAGGUAGGCAUCUCACCAAAUAAGGGUAAAUCCAUCCUCAUCAUCGUAUCCACUCAUUAUACUCCACACCUGAACGUAGCCAUUAUAUGAAGAACAUACCCUCAUAUGUCAAUGUCUGUAUUUUGACAUGCUAACCUUUUACCCCCGCUCGGGGAUAUUGCAGAUUAUGUAUUCCUUAUGCCAUCUGAUCCUAAACCGAAUUUUGCACCCCUUGAUAAUCUGUACCUUAUUCCCUGAUAACCAGAAACUUCUACGCUUAAACUCUGUACCAUUUUUUUUAUUUUAACAUCAUCUUAAUUAAAUUAUUAAAUCUAUUUUCUUUCUA